AUGAAUGCUGGUAAGUAUUUGAUUGUUUUUGAUAUAAAUGGGACGUUGAUAAAGAAAUGUCGUAAAGGCAAAAGUGAGCCAAAGGAGUAUGAGCAGAAGGGAAGAAUGCCUGACAAAGUAACAAGCAAGUUUAUUUUGUAUGAAAGGCCUCUACUUGGCGUUCUUUUGAAAUUUUUGAAGACGCAUGAAGUGAGUUAUAUUUUGUGGACUACGGGAAUGGAGGCCAAUGCAAAGGUUCUUGUGGAUUAUCUUGAGAGUCUAGGAUUUGACGAACAUAUUGGCUGGUAUUCUCAGAUUGAUUGUAAGGCAGGGAAAUGCAAGGUUGACUCAGAUGCGAAUCUUUGGAUAAAGGAUCUUGAUAUGGUUGCAAGGAAUCAUGGGUUUGAUGUUGAGCGGUGCAUUCUUGUUGACGACAGCGUGGACAAGUCUAUCUAUGACCAGAAUCUGAUAUGCUGCAAGGAGUAUAAUCCUGGAGAGGACGAUGAUGGGAUAUUUGAGAUAUGCAGGCAUUUGGAUGAUUUUCUUGGGUGCACUGAGGAGUGCAUUGUGAAGAAGAUCCAGAAGGCUGCAUGA